CAUUUAAGCAAAUUAAAACCCAAAAGUCAAAGCAAAAGACUUAUGGUGUCAUGAAAGCUAGCCGUUUGACAAGUAAACUCUUGAUGAGUGAGCGAAUCUCAGUACUGGAUAUUCUCCAAAUCUAAAAACUCCUCCGACUUUCAUUUUUCUCGCGAUUGCUUCUCUUUCCUUACUUUGAUUAAAAAGACAAAACGAAAGUCACUGGAUCUUCCCUCUUGUAGUAGACAUGAGAAACCACCAACAAUCUGUUGCAGUCUUGGUGACUCUUGUUCUAGUAUUAUUAUCUCUUGGUGGAGCAGUGGAAUCUCAUAAAGACCAACCUUUAUCAGGCAUCGCUAUCCAUCAAACAACAUUCCAUCUCAAUGACAAAGCUCAUGUCAAAGCCUCUCCAACACUUCUUGGAUCUAAUGGUCAACAUAGUGAAUUGGUGUUGGUUGAGUUUAGCUCUCCACACCCAUCAGAUGAUGAUUGGAUUGGAGUGUUCUCUCCUGCAGAUUUCAAUGCUUCCACUUGUCCAGGAGAUAACAAAAUGGUGAGCCCACCUAAGCUUUGUUCAGCUCCUAUCAAGUUUCAAUAUGCAAACUUUAGUAAUCCAAGAUACAACAACACUGGAACCGGUUCUUUCAAGCUUCAACUUAUCAACCAGAGAUCAGAUUUUUCCUUUGCUCUCUUUUCUGGCGGUUUGCUGAAUCCAAAGCUUGUGGCUGUCUCUAACAAAGUAGUCUUUGAGAACCCAAACGCACCAGUCUACCCUCGCUUAGCGCUAGGCAAAGCAUGGGAUGAAAUGACAGUGACAUGGACUAGUGGUUAUGGACUCGACAUAGCUGAACCUGUUGUUGAGUGGGGGGUUAAAAGAGGAGAGCGUAAACUCUCCCCUGCUGGUACAUUGACCUUUGGCCGCAACACCAUGUGCGGUGCACCUGCAAGAACCGUUGGAUGGCGUGAUCCUGGUUACAUACACACAGCUUUUCUCAAAGAGCUGUGGCCUAAUACCAAGUAUACCUACAGAGUUGGGCAUAGACUAGUGACCAAUAAUGCAUUUGUGUGGAGUAAAGAGUAUCACUUCAAAUCUUCUCCAUCUCCAGGACAGAACUCUCUCCAACAAGUUGUAAUCUUCGGAGACAUGGGAAAGGCUGAGGUUGAUGGCACAAACGAGUAUAAUGACUUCCAACGAGCUUCUCUAAACACCACAAAGCAGCUCAUUAAAGAUCUAAAGAAGACGGAUGCAGUUUUCCACAUUGGAGACAUCUGCUAUGCAAACGGAUACCUCUCACAGUGGGAUCAGUUCACAGCUCAGAUCGAGCCUAUCGCUUCCACUGUUCCGUACAUGAUCGCAAGUGGAAACCAUGAGCGUGACUGGCCAGACUCGGGAUCGUUUUACCAGGGUUUAGACUCUGGAGGAGAAUGCGGUGUGCCAGCUGAGACGAUGUUCUAUGUUCCCGCUGAGAAUAGAGCUAAGUUCUGGUACUCUAGUGACUACGGGAUGUUUAGGUUCUGUGUGGCUGACACAGAACAUGACUGGAGAGAAGGGACUGAGCAGUACAAGUUUAUCGAGCAGUGCUUAGCGUCGGUAGACAGAAAGACACAGCCGUGGCUGAUAUUCUUAGCGCACCGCGUGCUCGGUUACUCCUCCACGUCUUUCUACGCGGAAGAAGGGUCUUUUGGAGAGCCGAUGGGGAGAGAUAGUCUUCAGAAGCUGUGGCAGAAGUAUAAAGUCGACAUUGCAAUCUAUGGACAUGCACAUAACUAUGAGAGAACAUGCCCUGUUUAUCAGAGCGUAUGCAGGAGUAGUGAGAAAGCUGAUUACAAGGGUACAUUUAAUGGGACGAUUCAUAUUGUUGCUGGAGGUGCAGGAGCUGGUCUUGCUGAGUUCUCUGAUCUCCAACCGAACUGGAGUCUGGUCAGAGACUACGACUAUGGAUUCCUAAAACUUACAGCGGUUGAUUACUCUAAUCUUCUGUUCGAGUACAAGAAGAGCAGUGACGGAAGAGUCCAUGAUUCGUUCAAGAUAUCAAGAGAUUAUAGAGACGUCUUGGCUUGUGCUGUUGAUAGUUGCCCUGCAACUACACUUGCUUCUUAAAGAAAAGAAGAGAGAAUCUUGCAACUUGCAUGAACAACUCGUUGGUUACACAUCAAUUAUAGUUACUGGCAAAUGCUAAUAAAGCAAGAGUCAUUUAAUAA